UGGAAGUACAGAAAUACUACACGCCGGGAUUGUUGAGAUCACCAUGUUAAAUUUCAGUUUCAGUUUCCAGGUAGUCAUACUGAUGGUGAUAUGUCCAGUUCGUGGCCUGUAUAUGUUGGAGGAUCGUUUAGAUAACGCAGGAACGGACUUUGUGCUGAUGUUUAUGCAUCAGAAGAAGGCGGGCUUGCCUUUACAAUUGCAUCUGACGACCUCCCAGCCUGUCCCAGUAAUUGUGAGGAUUCGAACGCCCCAAGCGCUCUCCGAGGAACAUAUUGAUUUAUUAGUUCAAGUGUAUAACAGCAAUGUCACAAUUGUCUUACUUCCCGAGACACUGAGAAGUAGCUCCGAAUCUGAGAGGACGUACAAAUCUCUCCUCGUUACAAGUGAUGACGUCAUUGUUUUAUUUGCUACCAGUCUGCAACACAAGAGUACGGACUCAACACUUGUGUAUCCGACAGAUGUAUUGUCUAAUGAGUAUGUAGCAGUGUCAAUGUUAUCGGACAAACCUAAUCCUGCCUUCAUCGGAUCCACUGUAGGAGUGGUUGCUCUCGAGUUUGGUAUGGUAUCGAUCUAUUUACCUGACGGUAUUACAGUGCUGUUUGAUAACAUCACAUACACUGCAAAAAUGCAUAUAACUUUAAACAAGUAUGAAGUUUUCCAUCUUGUAACGACAGAUGUGACAGGGAUCAUCAUCAAAGCCAAUAUUAACUUGGCAGCUUUCAGUGGUCAUUCAUUUAUAAAGCUUGGUGAUCCCAGCGGAGAUCACAUGGAAGUCAUGCUUCCGCCAAUACAGUCACUUGGUCGUCAGUACAUGGUAGCUAAGAAACCGUCGUACCAAUAUACGCCUGAGUUUAUCAGGGUAGUCAGUACUUCAAUAGCUACAAAUAUCAAUAUCAGUGAUGGUGUUUCCACUAGCGCCGUAGUGUUGGAAGGCAAGGGGUCCUACUAUGAUUUCGAUUUGCCUUCCACUGGUGCCUUGCUUACAGCGAAUCAGUCAAUCCUGGUGGCUCAGAUCAGUCGUUCCCGAUGUAUAGACGGGACUAACGGCGAUCCAUCCAUGUCGUUAGCGUUUUCACCUGAAUUUCUGUCCUCGCAGUAUACGUUUGGUGUACCAGCGACGUUUGAUUCGAACUUGGAUAAGUACAAUUUGCUUAUCGUUGUUGAGGCGAUUUAUUUGGAACAUGUACAGUUUGACGGGGUUUAUUUGGACCCGCACGUUUCUUGGAACAACGUAGCGGACAGCGAAUUUUUGACGACAGAAAUUGAAGACAUCACAGCGGGAAGACAUACACUGUCAAGUGACCAGCCCUGGGCCAGAUUAGCAGGUGUGGUUCAUGGUUUCGGAGGUGGGGAGCAUUUCCAGACAGCGAUUGGUCGAUAUUUAGGAGAGCCACGUGGUCAGAUCAACACAACUAAGGAGGAGAACGUUGACGUCUAUCGACAGUCCAUCUUAUCAUUGAGAUACAAAGACUACCUGCCGUCUGAAGCCCCAUUCUACAACACCACGAGUGAGUCACUGCUAAUGUGCUUUACCUUGUGUCUGGAUUAUAGCGCCUGUUACCUCCUGGCCACGAGGCCCGAUACCGAUGACGUCAUUGGACAGGUCAUAUGUGUUCUCUACACAACUGUUGCGGCCAGUGGACAUUUACAGUCGGAGCCAGGAUAUACCCUUUACAGACGUUUUGCAUGAACGAUUGAAUUUUAUGUAUCGGUGGUCUUGUGAUAUACUAAAACAAGUGUUUUCUUUUGUUGAGGGUACUAUAGUCACAUUAUGUUGUCAACAUUGUAUCUAAUUAUGGCCUCAUUAAUCCAUUAAUGUAU